AUGAUAAGCCGAGUCAAGAUACAAAUAAAUAUUUGGCUUGAUCCUUUUUGCGGGUACACGGCGCAACCGAUCAACGCCGCCUACUAUAUGCCUGGCGUGUACAAUGGCGGCUAUAGUCAUGAGCCGUACGGACAAAACGCUUACAUAGAUGGCGCUUACGGCGAUGCGCAACAAUAUCCGUACUAUGGAGGUGGCUACACCUACACACCCUACUACGGUAAUGGUCAGGCCUAUCACAAUCACGCCUAUCAGCCAAGUAGUCAGGCUUAUCCGGGCGCGUAUGGGCCUUAUCCCGGUGCAUCCGGCGCUUACCGACCGUAUCCGCAACCACAGCCUUCACCACCGCGACGGUCUCGGACUGCACCCGGUCGUGCACCAGCCAAUGUGCGAACAACAGCGACAUCUAGGAAGUCGCGCGGAAUAUCCGCUGAUCCAUACGAAAAGCGACAAUUUAAGGCAUUCUCGGGUCCGACCAAGAAACCAUCACCUGUAUAUAGAAAGAGUCGUGAUCCUUACACAUAUCGAAUAUCACAGUAUCAGGAAACUGAUUUUGGUGGAGCGCCACUCGACUACAACUCACAGUUUCAACGAGCUUACGUCAAUGAGGCCCCAACAACGUUACGACGGUUACGACCAUUCUACGCACCAUCCUACACCACCUAUCCUCCGUCUACAAUGUUACGAACGGAUAAGAAGUUGGAUACGAAAAAAUAUCCUAUGUAUGCACGAGUGGGGGUCAAAGCUGCGGAACUGAUCUUGGGAGCAGCUAUAUUAGGAUUAGUGCUUGGUCCAAUGCGAGGCACUUCAUUCCAUGAUUUUGUGAUCCGAACAAACACGGAAUGGCAGGGAGCCGUUGUUGGAAUAGUGGCAACGUGGGCGAUAUUCACUGCUGUACUGCUACUAACAAGUUUCUUAGCGAAUACUGUGCAUAUGUGGCGAAAAGUUGAUGCUCACGUGACAUUGAUCGCGAUCCUAGCUUAUUUAUUAGCGUCGUGCUUGGAAGCAUAUUACGCGGCAUGUUAUCCACCGAACGGGCCUCGAAUAAACUUAGUUUGUCACAGAGCCGAGUGGAUCAUAGCAACGAUACUCUGCUUCAUCAACACUGCCCUUUACGUUCUCGAUUUUGCCAUGUCAUGGCUUUCUGGAGUGAAUAUGUUAUAG